CUUGUUUAAUCGAUACGCCAAUACGCGACCAGCGUUCAACGAGAAGUCGAGCGAUUAACUUAUUGUGCGAUACCUGUCGUUUCACGGAGAAUGAUAAAAUGGAUAAGCAUCGGAAGCACGAUGAACACAAACACGGUGUAUCGAUGGAUCCGAUUAGCGGUAGCGCUAUCGCCGAACACGUUUCCCAAUUCACCGUGACGGAUGCAACGGUUGCGAAGAAUUUUGCGUCAAGACUCUGCCGAAGACCGCCUGCUGGUUAUAAGAAGUAAUCGUGUCAUUUUUCGAUCGUAUCGCGUAUACUCUAUCGCACUAGGAAUUGACUCUUGAUAGAUAUAUUUUCGUUGCCUUGUUUUGAAUCUUACCAGAGGAAAAGAUGAAAUUCCCUUCUUCGUGCCACACAAGAAGCUGCUCGAGAAGAUCGAUCACAAGCCCAAGGUGCUAGAGCCACUGGUGAGCUUCAGGGCUGAGGGUUGUGGGUUACAGGGCUCUUUCGCGGCGUCUAAAGAAAAUUGCUUUCGUAGACUGGAUUCGGCGGGCAACAGGAAAAGAUUAGAAGAGAAGUCUGCAAACCGUAUAUUCCGUUAGAGAAGCCGGAAGUUGAUUCCGAGUCAGCCAAGGUUGCUUCUGAACGGACAUGGAAGAUCUCGAAGGUCCCAAAGGAUGCAGACGCACCUCCGUUGGUCGAUCAGCUGGAGCUGAUCCGGCAGCUGCGAGACGAUCCGAAAAUUGGAUUUUUCUACAUGAUCUACGCUGUAGAACGAUCCUCGAAGUACUUCACCCCCUAUGCUCUCAAGGUCGUGAAUUACGAGGACAUAGGAAAAACCUACAUGACAAUUAGCGCAAACGGGGUAACGCAAUACUCGCCCGACGAAGUCAGUUUCACGCCGAUCGAACAAUGGGAAAGGGAAUACCAUUUUUAUUUGGAACUAAUAAAGAUAAGAUCCUUCGUGAUAUAUCGUAAGUGGAAGGCCUUCUUCGUUUGGAGGAAAUCGGUCUCCUGCAGGAAGUUCCUGGAAGCGAGCAGUUAUUUGGAAGACAAUCUUUUUAUAUCGGAUCCGAUUCUCAGCAAGGCUCUGUUGGAGAUUAAAUCGAUGUGCUCGGUUUUUCUCGAGUCGAGCUUCUUCGACGGUACCACCACCGAGAAACUGUUGCUCUUUUAUUUUGUGGAGAAGCAGCUCGCGAGUUUGGAACAAACGAGACAGAAGUUGGACGAGUUUCGAGUAUUGGCGAAAGAUAUCAUCAACAAUGCCUGUCUGGGCGCGCUGCUACGAGCUGGAUACACUCCGGACGAUUCCAAUAUAACGAUAGAGCAGACUGCUUUUGGCAAAUUGG